AUGAGCCUUUUCAAGGGUCCCACCGCGUUGAUUCCGAGACUGCAACUCUUUAUUCCCAAUCCCUUCGACUACAUUUCUGUUUGCGGCCUGCGUACCUACGACCACUGGCCUGACGGAGAACUGACCACUGAACUCAUCUACGUGCACUGUAAACUUAUGGUGGUGGACGACCGAAAACUCAUUAUAGGCUCGGCCAACAUCAAUGACCGCAGUAUGCUGGGCUACCGGGACAGUGAGUUAGCUGUGGUGGCCGAGGACACCCCAGACUGCGGCUCCCUCAAGGAGGCCACCUUUGCAGGUACUAGAGUGAUGGUAGGUAACCUGGCUCGUCGCUUCCGCAAGUCCCUAAUGGCCGAACAUCUGGGCGUACUGAGUGCAGAGGCCCGGUCCAACAUAGACUGGGACUACAACCUACUGGAUGAUCCCGUCUGCGACCAAUUCUACCACCAGGUAUUUAGUUGCCUACCAACAGACAAGCUUCAUACUAUCGAACAAGUAAAAGAGGCCAGGCUUAAUGUACCCAUGUACUUGGGACCGGAGGCCUCGAGGGCAGCUGAGAUGGUAAAAGAAAUUCGAGGACAUCUUGUGCACUAUCCGGAAGACUUCCUGUUGGACGAAGACCUAUCCCCACCCCUCGGAUCCAAAGAAAAUGUCAUUCCCGAAAUCAUCUGGACCUAG